ACAGGGUGGGUGCUGAUGUUGCUGUUGUUUGUGUUGUCGAGGUGGGAUGGAGCUGGCAGAGCGCCUCUGCAGGAUCAGAAGAUGUCUCAGAGUAAGCAGGCCUGUGCGGGGCUGACGGACAUUAAGCUACUGUUCAGCUACCUGCAGCUGUUCCAGGUCACGGACAAGGUGGUGUUUGACCUGAGUCUGGCCCGGGGUCUGGACUAUUACACAGGGAUCAUUUACGAGGGGGUUCUGACUCAGGCAGGCAUCGCUGCUGAAGCCCAGAAUGGUUCCGGUGCAGAGGAGAGUGUGAGCGUGGGCAGCGUAGCGGGCGGGGGCCGGUAUGACGGGCUGGUGGGGAUGUUUGACCCCAAGGGCAGGAAGGUGCCAUGUGUGGGGGUCAGCAUCGGCAUCGAGAGGAUCUUCUCCAUCAUGGAGCAGAAGGCCGAGGCCUCAGCACAGAGGGUCCGCACCACAGAGGUUCAGGUGAUGGUAGUGUCUGCUCAGAAGAACCUGCUGGAGGAGAGACUCAAACUGCUCACUGAGCUCUGGAACGCUGGCAUCAAGGCAGAGGUAAUUUACAAGAAGAACCCCAAACUGCUGAGUCAGCUGCAGUACUGCGAGGACUCGGGGAUCCCCCUGGUGGCCAUCCUGGGAGAGCAGGAGCUGAAGGAUGGGGUGGUGAAGCUGCGCGCCGUGGCAACCAGAGAGGAGGCUGAUAUAUCCAGAGCAGAUCUGAUAGCUGAGAUCAAGAGGAGGACCUCUGAGGCCUAGACGUUAACCCCUGCCCCCCCCCACGCCACAUUCAAACAGACACUGCACUCUUCUACAGAUUCCUUGGCAACAUGAAACAAAGAAAGUUACCCUUAGCAAUGAUGCCAACAUGAUGUUCUUAAGGGUAACAUGCCUUCAGUGUCAGCACUGUUUAACAGGGAGCUGCUGUGAGGAACGCAUCAGUUAUUAUUAUCUACAAAGCUGCUAGAGAGCAGCUACAUUUAUUUGUACAGCUUCAUCUCUGUUCUGUUUAAGACGUGUACUUUCUCCCUGCACCAUCCCAUGCUGAAGUUAAACUCAGCUUCUAACAAAAACACUUUCAUUUGUUCCAUGGCUGUACUGCCAGGUGUCUGAAAUAAACUCAUUGCUCAGCAGCUUGUGUUCACUGACAUUCUCAGUUUAAAACAA